AUGGCUUUGCUUUCUUCUAUCUCCAUCAAGAAUAACUCAUUCUAUCACAAAAACAUCUUCAUUAGUGCCCCCCCAAACCCUGCCAAAUACCCACAAAGAAUACACCUUUCCUCGAUAAUUAAUGCCACCUAUGUCGUACCUUCCUCUUCAUCCACUCCCCCAAUCACACUCCAACAACUGCUGAUACCCGAAACCAAUCUGGUGCAAUUCCCAGUCCUCAAAGGGUUUGAAUUCAAUACUUAUAUGAGCGAGAAGGCGAAGCUCGUUAAUGAAGCCUUGGAAUCAGCCAUUCCGUUGCAAGAACCAUUGAAAAUACACGAGGCAAUGAGGUACUCGCUACUUGCUGGAGGGAAACGAGUGCGACCCAUCUUAUGCCUUGCAUCAUGCGAGCUUGUUGGUGGGAUGGAGGUGUGCGCCAUGGCAAUGGCGUCAGCUGUAGAAAUGGUGCAUACGAUGUCACUCAUUCAUGAUGAUCUUCCAUGCAUGGAUAAUGAUGAUUUGAGAAGAGGAAAACCCACGAACCACAAGGUGUAUGGUGAGGAGACUGCAGUCCUAGCCGGUGAUGCGUUGCUUUCGUUAGCGUUCGAGCAUUUAGCCACACGAACUAUAGGGGUUGGGCCUGGGAGGGUGGUUCAGGCUAUAAGCGAGUUAGGGUCCGCGGUUGGGUCUCAAGGGCUUGUUGCAGGUCAAAUAGUUGACCUUUGUAGUGAAGGUAAGCAAGAUGUUGAUUUGAAUAAAUUAGAGUACAUUCAUGUGCACAAGACGGCGAAGCUGCUUGAGGCAGCGGUGGUUGGUGGGGCCUUAUUGGGAGGUGGGAACUCCGGCGAGGUGGAAAAGGUUAGGAAAUACGCGAGGUACAUUGGGUUGUUGUUUCAGGUGGUGGAUGAUAUAUUGGAUGUUACCAAGUCGUCGGAGGAAUUGGGGAAGACGGCGGGAAAGGAUCUGGUGAGUGAUAAAGCGACGUAUCCAAAGCUGAUGGGGCUAGAGAAGGCUAAGGUAUUCGCCGGAGAAUUGCUGGAGAAGGCGGUGGAGGAACUUGCUUACUUUGACGCCGGCAAGGCGGCACCUUUGUACCAUCUGGCACAUUAUAUUGCAUAUAGACAAAAUUAA